GCAACAUGCUUACAUUUGUUUUGCCAUAACAAUUUUGAAAAUAAAGCACAUUGCCCACAUCGAUAAUGAAAUAUAAGUACGUUGCAAUUAUUGGUAAAAAAAUAUCUCUCCACUUUCCUUUCUUUUUGUAGGCAACAUUUUCUACAAUGUGCACAAGGCGUACUUGACAAGCACUAUGAAAAGUUGAUUCAAUGUGAUCCACGACUCAACUUAUUGAGUCAACAACCAGGCAUAGUUUUAGACUUCCCAUAUUUCCCUCCAAGACCUUCCAUUAAUUAUCAAGAUAUACCAGCCACUAACAUCUUUAACUUCCCAGAAAUCGAUACUAUUCCACAUAUGGCUUCAUCUACAAAUGUGGGAUCGAGUUCCUUAGGUUUGAUUCAUCAAGAUGUGUCUAGAGAAGUUUACUCUUCCAGUUCAGGUAUGUCUAUGGAUAUUGAUGGGCAAAAUCCAAAUGAUAUGUUUGAGAACAUUUCACAGAUGCUACUCGGCGACAACAAUUUAGCAGGAGAUUCAGAUGAAGAGACUCUCACAUCAAGAAUCAAUUCCCUCUGUUGCUUUCUUCAAGAUUAUCAAGGUGGUCAACAAGAUGGAAAUGUCUUUUUUGCCCCUGAUCCUAAUCUAAUCCCACAGCAAGGCUUAAAUGAUCAUGACUUUUCCACCUUUGAUCCAAAUCUAAUCCCGCAACAAUACGGAAAUGACUAUUCUACCUUUGAUCCUAAUAUGUUCAUGCAACAAUUCGAAAAUGACGAGUCUACCCUUGAUCCUAAUCUGAUCAUGCAACAAUACAUAAAUGACGGUUCUGUCCUUGAUCCUGAUCUAAUCCUGCAGAAAGAUGUGAAUGAUGGUUCUAGCUUUGAUCCCAAUCUGAUCCCCAUGCAAGGCCAAUAUGACGGUUCUACCCUUGGUGCCAACUGGAUCCCUGAAACUAUGACUCAAGAAGAAGGUAGUGGUAGCAUGUCUGCAAAGCUUCCUCAGGAGUAUCCAAAUGCUCAGCAAGAUGGAAAUGACGGCUCUACCCCUGAGAACAAUUCUGGAUCUAAUGAAGAAUUGGGUAUAUCUAGAACGGACUCGUUUUCUGAAUUGGUGCAACAGCUUCCCAGGAUCACGUCUCUUCCGAGGUUCUUGUUUGAGCUUUCAGAAAAUGGUGAGAUUUUGAAGUGAGGGAUCUCGUGUUCUGAAGGGAUUUGGAAGUGAUCGUAUCGAGCAUUUGUGAAAAAUCCCAAGGGUAUUUUUCGUAAAAAUGAACGUGCUUUUAUGUGGUCAGACUGGUUUGAGUUGUGGUGUUAAUAGGUGAGUUAUUUAAGGUAGGUGGUUAUGGGAAUAAAGUAUUAUAAGUUUAAUACA